AACCAAUGACUCCUACUUUUCUUUCACCAGAACUUUUUUUUCUGGAGUGAAAUUGACUGUUUCCGCUUCCGGCCCAGCUGUCAACAAACCAACCACGAGUUUUCACGGCGGAGCUAAUACAUCUCUGUUUCUAUAAUGCCAAAGACACAGAAAAAAGGGAAAGUCCCGGAGAAGGUCGUGCAUCCGUACAGUCGGAAAGCAGCCUACAUGGCCCGCGAGGAAAUACGACUCAAAAAGAAAGAACGACAAAAAGUUGAAAAAGCUGCACGUCUGAACAAUAUUGGUGAGAAGCUGUUAUGGUUUCAGGGCCAGUUGGACCCAGAAAAGACCACGUUUACAAUGAAGGAUGCUUGUGACAUCAUCGAAAGGUACCUGCAGCGGUUCGAUGGCGAACUGGAGCAGAUCGAGCUGGUGAACGGCAUCAAGGGGCGUCAGGGGCGCAUUCACGGCGCCAGGGAGGACUUCAUCAAGCAGACCGUUGAGCGCGAGCGGGCGCUGUACCACGGCGCCGGCUUCGAGAUUCCAGACUUUAUCAACACCAAACAUCUGAAAACAUUCAGGGAAUGGACGGGAGAUCUGAAGAAACUUCCGAACAUUCAACUCAGGAAGGUUUCCCACACAGCCUUGGAAGUCAAGGACAAAAAAGAGCAGACGCACAACCAAGACGAAGAAGAAGAAGUAGAAGAAGAAUUGGAUGAUAAUGAAAGUGAUGACAACGAUGACGAGUUGGACAAAAGCGCUCUGAUGUCAGACUCCAGCUAAGACAUUUCGGUUUCCUUUCAUGAGCCUUUUUAACCACAAACAACUUAAUGAUGACGAGUUGGACAAAAGCGCUCUGAUGUCAGACUCCAGCUAAGACAUUUCGGUUUCCUUUCAUGAGCCUUUUUAACCACAAACAACUUUCUACAGUUUUGUUUAUUGCACAGGCUAAGAGUCAGAAUGUGUUUUUAUCCAAUCAAAAAGAGGGGAAAAAAUGGCAUCGUUCUGGUUUUGCCAACUUUUUGUGUCGACUCUGGUAGAAAAAUGAACAAAGUCACUACGACAUUGUUUCUCGACGUAUCGCCAAGGUGAAAGACUGCAAUCUGACCUUUGAAACCCCCACCCCCCAAA